GAGGGAGAAAGUUCUAUUUAUAGAGUUCUCCUAAGCUAGGGUUUCAAGAUGACCACUAAAUGGGCCUCAUAUCCAUUUCCACCUCCUUUCAUAAAUGACCCAUUUAAAUUAAAUCAAAUCCAUUUUGUUGGACUUUAUUAUUAAUUAAAUAAGUUUAACUAAAAUAAUUAAUACAGGCCAAAGUAACACAGAUUAAUUAUUUAGUCAAUAUACCCGAGUCAAUAAUUUGACUUUGACCCAAACAAUAAGUAGUGAUACUUGAUAAAAUUUCCAUGCCUACACAAGUACAACGCCAAAAUUUGAAAAAAAAAAAAGCUGAAUAAUACGAAUUUGGAAGUUGAUUCCCUGAUCAAAGGUCCCUUUUUUCCUGCAAAAUUCGACAGCAUGUAGCCUCCUUCAACCCCUCUUCACUCUCUUCUUACUCACUCAAUAUUCACAGAUUUUCUCUCUCCUUCUUUUACCGACUACCUGAAUUGUCGGUCAACAUCACCACUUCUUCAACUCUUCAUAUUAUUCGAGGAAUGAAAUAAGUGUAAAAACAGUGAUGGGGAGAGAGGGAUAUGUAGUUCCUGUGGACCCUCAGAUGGGUUUAAGUGUGGGUCUAAAGAAGAAACCUGCUGGAUCACGUAGUUGGAUUUUGCUUGAUUCUCCUGGUCAGGCUACCGUUCUUGAUCUUGACAAGUAUGCUAUUAUGCACCGUGUUCAAAUUCAUGCUCGUGAUCUUCGUAUAUUGGAUCCUCUUCUCUCUUACCCUUCCACUAUUUUAGGUCGAGAGAAAGCUAUUGUUUUGAACUUGGAGCAUAUCAAGGCAAUAAUAACUGCUGAUGAGAUAAGCAGCUGGAACUUGGACAGGGUAAGGAAAUUGAAAAGUGCAAUGACAAGAUUGACUGCUCGUGUUCAAAAGGUGAGAGAUGAGCUUGAACAACUUUUGGAUGAUGAUGGUGAUAUGGCUGACCUUUACCUGUCCAGAAAGUUGGCUGCUCCUGCUUCACCUGUUAGUGGAUCAGGAGCCAACUGGUUUCCUAGUUCCCCUACUGUUACCUCUAAGGUAUCGAGAGCAAGCAGAGCAAGUAUGGUCACAGGUCGUGGUGAUGAGAAUGAUGUUGAGGAACUCGAGAUGUUGCUAGAGGCUUAUUUCAUGCAAAUUGACGGGACAUUAAAUAAAUUAACAACGCUUCGUGAAUACAUUGAUGACACUGAGGAUUACAUUAACAUUCAGCUUGACAAUUAUCGAAAUCAGUUGAUUCAGCUGGAGCUUUUUUUGAGUUCUGGAACUGUUUGCCUAUCAAUCUACUCUUUGGUGGCUGCAAUUUUUGGCAUGAAUAUACCUUAUACUUGGAUGGAUAAUCACGAUUACAUCUUUAAAUGGGUGAUUAUCCUUUCUGGUCUUUUUAGCGCUGUAUUCUUUGUGGUUAUUGUCGCAUAUGCUCGUUUUAAAGGGCUUGUUGGAUCAUGAGCGUGUGGGAUUAUUAAGCUUUGUAAAUCAUUCAUCUUUACACGAAGAAACAAGACCAAUCUCUAUCAAGAAGUAAUUCUGGGUAACCUCAUAUACAAACAUACAUAUCAAUUGCAUACUUGAAUCAGUGCUAGCCCUUUUCAUGUUUGUACUGAUAUUAAAAUAUAAUCAAAACAAUGCAAUCCUUGGUAACCUUAGCAGACCUUGCUGAGGCUUUUUUGUUUUUAUAAGUUCUCUUGUAUAACUACUGAACCUCAAAAUUAGGUGUUUCUUUGUCAGUAACAGCUCUUGUUAACUAAUGUAAUCAAUUGCAUCACUUUCUUUGCUAUUGAGAGCUUUUACUGAAUUCUGAUUUCUCAAGAUAUAAUUACCAUACUUAAUUGUAUAUAUGGUGGUCUUUUCAAGCUGUAUUAUCUACGUAGAUGAGCUGCCAUCGCAGCCUCCCUUAAUCGAUUUGUAGCAGAUUAGCAUUUGUAUCUGCUGUAAUGCUAUAUGUGUGCCCUCCUUCUAUAGUAGUCUUAAGAUUUAUUUUAUACUAGUCUCACCGGUUGCCACCAGAAAUUAAAGAGAUGAACUAUCACAUCCUUCUCCC